AAGGGGUUAGCAGAAAGAAGAUAGAACAAUCACUUUAAACAGUGUUGAAUACGCGCAGUGUUUUACGCGUACAAAUUCUUUUUUUGUUGCUUCAGUGCGUGCGUAUGGUGAGCGAGCACCUGUAACCGGGUGAUUGUAUAGUGCACGGACACAUACACGCAUUUGGUUGAAGUUUGUUGAUAAAGCAUUUGCAGCGCGAGGAAGGAAGAGUGACAAACAUAGGAAAGAAAACAUCUCGCGCCAAAAUGUGUGCAGCGCAGACGAAUGCUCCGGCCAGCUUUAAUUACGCGUGGGGCUUUCAGGAGAACCAGCGGGCCGACUCGGUGGUGGAGAUUAGCCAAAACAUCAACUACACGGUCGGCGAUGGAACAUCAACGAUGCCAUACUUGCAGCUACCGGACGGGGCUAGCAUUUUGCUGAAGGACGGCAAGGGUGCGAUCUCGCACGCCGGUGGUAAAAGCGUCCGGCGUAUGAUCCUCGUAAACGAUUCAUCUGCCCUGCCACAAGGAACACAACGGAUAAUUGCUACCAGUGGUGCAGCAUCGGCCGUCUCUACGGGUCAUGCGAAGAAACAUGAAGUUAUACCAAACGGGCAGAUUGACUCGAAGACGAAGACCAUCCUCACGACGAGCGGUGCCGGCGCUUUCAUGUCCCCGAUCGGACCGAUCCAGCUGACGGCGGAGGAAUGCAACGACAUACUGAUGAAGAGGGCGGCCGCCGCAGUUGCUGCCAACAAUCAGCACGCCAUCACCAACAACAACGAUGGCCAGCAUACCUCGAUUUCAGUCCAAGUGCAAAAGGUGAUUCAAGGACUGGAGGAGGGUGAUGAUUCACAGGCAACCACCUCGAACCAUCAGAUGAAGAUCGAACCGACGCUAAGCAUUUCUCCUAAGCUGGAAGCCGUCGAAAUGGAUUACAAUGAAUACGUUCAGCAGGAAGCGACUACACCGACACCGAAUGUGGUCCCGAAGGAGCGUCCAUACUCCUGCGAUCAGUGUGGAAAAUCGUUCCUACUGAAGCACCAUCUGACCACCCAUGCACGGGUUCACACUGGUGAGCGUCCCCAUGUGUGUGUCCACUGCGGCAAAGACUUUGCCCACAAGCACUGUCUCAACACACAUCUUUUGCUGCACUCGACCGAACGUCCGUACCAGUGCCAGGAGUGCAAGAAGAGUUUUACGCUGAAGCAUCACCUGCUGACACAUUCGAGGGUACACUCGCGCGAGCGACCCUUCGUCUGUGACCAGUGCGGUCGAUCGUUCCCGUUGAAACGCCAUCUGGUGACGCACAGCAAGUUCCACGCCGGCGAACGUCCGUACGUGUGUGCGGACUGUGGUGAAAGCUUUGCCCAGGACGAGCAUCUGGUAAUGCACUCAAGAUUCCACGGCUCGGUGAAUCCGUUCCAUUGUCGCGACUGUGGUGCAACCUUCCCGCGCAAGUUCCAGCUGGUAAAUCAUGGCAAGAUACACGGUCGCGUACCACACUCCUGCACGCUUUGCGGCAAAGAGUUCUUGCAGAAGCGCACGCUAGCUGCACACAUGAGAAUCCAUACCGGCGAUCAGCCAUUCCCGUGCAUUGCAUGCGGCGAAGGGUUCCGCACCAAGUCGGAGCUGAAUGCACACAACCGUCACACGCACAGUGGUGUUAAUCCGAACUCGGCCAACACCACCAUCAUUACGACCAACUCCGUGGUCACGUCGAACGCGCAACAGCAACAGGCUCAGGCACAAAGUCAACAGCAGCAACAGCAUCAGCAACAGCACAUCGAUGUGAAACAGAUCCAGCACUAUCAAGGCCAGCAGCAGCAGGUGCAGGAUGUUGCAAACGGCAACAUCAUCACGACGAUCGCUGCCACCGGUCAAGGAUCGCCUGAAACAUCGCCAAAGCCUCAGUACGCUUGUCGUGAGUGUGGCAGUGCGUUCAACAGUCGGGAAGCGUUGGCGCUGCAUCUUCGUCUCCAUACCGGUGACAAGAGUCUCAUGACCGAUCUGUGUGCGCUAACUGCCGCGAUACCGGGUCAUCUGUUCCCGGCCGUCAAUCAAGUACAAAUCAUUACUUCCUCGGGGCAGGUGGUGCAGCAGCUGCAACCGCAAAGCCCUCCCCAACAGCAACAGCAGCAGCAUCAGCAACAGCUACAACAGGCGCAGGUAGUACAGCAGCAUCAAACACAAACCGUCGUGCAGCAGCAACAGACUCAACAGCAACAGAUUCAGCACCAGCAACAGCAGCAGCAACAACAGCAGCAGCAGCAACAGCAACAACACCAGCAACAGCAGCAGCAGCAGACGGUUGUGGUGGCACAGACCAAACCCAAAUCACACUACUGCACCCACUGUGGCAAAGGAUUUGCGGCCAAGCACGGACUGCUGCUGCACAAUCGUCGCCAUCCGAACGGUGGGUGUACCGUACGGACGCACGUCUGCGAGUGCGGUAAGGCUUUCUUCCAAAAGAACCAUCUGAUGCUGCACCAGCGCCAGCAUCUGGAACAGAACCAACGUACUGGCGGUGGAGCGGGUGGAGCGGGUGGUGCUGGAACCGGUGGCCAGGCUGGCCAGCAACAACAGCAACAAGCAUCCGCCGGUCAACAGCAACUGGUGGUGAUUCAGGCAACCAACCAGGACUCGUUGGUUCAGCAGCAGCAACAACAGCAGCAGGCGGCUGCUGCCGCAGCACAGCAACAGCAGCAACAGGCGGCUGCUGCAGCGGCCCAGCAGCAACAUCAGCUGCAACAGCAGCAAGCUCAACAGCAGGCGGUGGCAGUUCAGCAACAGCAAGCCCAGCAGCAGAACCAGAACAAUCAGCAUGCGAUGCGCAAUCUGGUUAUUGCGAACCAGCCCGUGCAGGUACAGGUCCUGGAGGGUAACACAACCCAAGUAAUCAAGUACGAGAUCAUCCACGACACGUCACGCCAGUCAAACGUUGAGUGAGAAGAGGCGAUGCUCCGUAUAACCAAACCGGAUGGUACGGAGG